AUGCUCAGCAGCUUGCUGCUGACUGUGCUGCUAUGGCCGCUGAGCCAUGCAGAGAAGGCGCUUCAGCUGGAUGUGAUGGAAGGGGAAAAGCCGGUCACAAAGGUCGUCUCGCUUCUUGAGACGAUGACACAGAAGCUGGAGGAGGAUCAGAAGGCAGAUGAGGAAUUGAAAGAGAAGUUUGAGUGCUGGUGCAAGCAGAACAAUGAGGACAAGAGUGCGGCGGUCGCAGCUGCUCAGGAGAAGCUGGCAAGUCUGAAUGCGCUCGUGGAGGAGCUUGGGCCGAAAAUCGACCAGCUGGGAACGCAGAUCCGAAGCUCCAACGUUGAGCUGAACCAAAAUAAAGCCGACUCGCCGGCAUGGUUUGGGUUUCACUCUUCUUCGGUCAUGUAA